UCAAGUUUUCAAUAAUGUCUGACAAACAUAAAAUAAGACGUUCCAAAUAUGAAUCAAGUGACCGCGCCAUCAAAGAGGAAAUGAAGAAAUUUAUCGAGGAUUUUGAAACCCGGUUCAAAAUGAAGCUUCAACACCACCCGAUAGACUCGGAUCUCACCCAUGUAGUUCCUCGGCGAAUGUACGACAAGGCGUCCAAGAUUGUUCGCCUCCAGCCGUACGACGACAAAGAGUUCGAGGAAAUUGUCAAGUGUCGCUUGAAGGAAGCCUUCCGCUACUACAGCAUUGAGACCAAAGAUUCCGAUAGUCUUAGUCCGGAAACGGGCGACGACGCCGAAGAUGGUGACCGCCUGUCCAAGUUUGAGCUUAAAAUUGACCCAAAGACGAAGCCAAGGGAGCUCAAACUGAAGGAGGUCAACUGGAUGGAAAACUUUCUGAAGAAAACUCGCAAGGAGCGCAUUCAGUGGCAAACGAAGCUGUACAAAUCGGACAAGAAGCUGCUGGAGAAGCCACUGUUCGAGCAGGUGGAAGAGUUGAUUGACCUCGGGGCGCAGGAUUUUGCCGAGUGGCUGAACACGCUGGGCGCGGAAAAGUCCAACAUUACGAAGGACAUUAUCAAGCAGCUGUUCUCGAUCGGAGUGGAAGGGGACGCGGCGAAGGCGCUCUACGUGGAACCGAAAGAAAUCCGAGCCAUUCCGGUGGAGGUGGCGCGCGACUGGAAUUUGCAUCAUAUGGCACUGCAGCGCAAAAUCGCCCAGGUGAUGAAAAGCGACCGGCAGCAGGCGAAAGUUCGCGAGCGCCAUGUGGCUUUCGGGCGAACGCUUCCGAUGGACAUGCGCCGUUUCAAACGUUUCGACGACAUCGACGAGAUUGUGCCCAACUUUCCGGACGAGGUCAAAACGUUCCAAAAGGUGUUCAAGGGCAUUUGCCAUCUGCGUUCGGUUAAGAUUCUGGUGGACCAUCUGAAGGAGCAUCCGGAAAUGCAUCGGCCAAAGUAUUUGGUCAAUCAGGGAAUGUUCAAACCGAAAGAGGUGAAGCCGAGCGAUCAUGUGCCGCUGUAUAAGCAUUACUUCAAGGGUUAUCCGGCCUCCGGGAAGGAUUUGAAAUUGUCUUAGACAGAAUGGCAACGUUGUAGAAAAUAUAAAACCCCUGCGUCUUCGUGCUCUUCAUAC